CCCUGUUCCUUGUUCUCGGUUCCCUGGCCCGGCGCCGCCUUUCAGGGUGUCUUCUCCUUUUCGCUCCUUUCUCCAUAGCUAGCCUCCUCCCCCUUAGCUGCUCUCUUGACUCGGUUCUCUUCUUGGUUUCCAAAGAACUAUUGACCCGGAGCGGCCCAUGUGCGACCUCGGUACAUUUAAAGUUGAAGUUUGCUGCUAAAGAUGGCAGAUCCAGAUGUCCUCACCGAGGUUCCUGCAGCUUUGAAGCGGUUAGCCAAGUAUGUGAUCCGGGGGUUUUAUGGCAUUGAGCAUGCUUUGGCCUUGGACAUCUUGAUCCGAAACCCCUGUGUGAAAGAGGAGGACAUGCUGGAGCUGCUCAAGUUUGAUCGGAAGCAACUUCGAUCAGUCUUGAAUAAUUUAAAGGGAGACAAAUUCAUCAAGUGCAGAAUGAGGGUAGAGACUGCUGCAGAUGGGAAAACCACUCGCCACAACUACUACUUUAUCAAUUAUCGUACUCUUGUUAAUGUGGUAAAAUAUAAAUUGGACCACAUGAGAAGGAGGAUUGAAACUGAUGAGAGAGAUUCCACCAACCGGGCUUCCUUCAAAUGUCCCGUCUGUAGUAGUACUUUUACAGAUUUAGAAGCUAAUCAGCUCUUUGAUCCCAUGACAGGAACUUUCCGCUGUACUUUUUGCCAUACAGAGGUAGAAGAAGAUGAAUCAGCAAUGCCCAAAAAAGAUGCACGCACACUUUUGGCAAGGUUUAAUGAACAAAUUGAGCCCAUUUAUGCUUUGCUUCGAGAGACAGAGGAUGUGAACUUGGCCUAUGAAAUACUUGAGCCAGAACCCACAGAAAUACCAGCCCUGAAACAGAGCAAGGACCGUGCAGCAACUGCUGCUGCAGCUGCUGGCCUGGCAGGUGGGCACCACCGGGAAGCAUGGGCCACCAAGGGUCCCUCUUAUGAGGACUUAUACACUCAGAAUGUUGUCAUUAACAUGGAUGACCAAGAAGAUCUUCAUCGAGCCUCACUGGAGGGGAAAUCUGCCAAAGAGAGACCUAUUUGGUUAAGAGAGAGCACUGUCCAAGGAGCAUAUAGUUCUGAAGAGAUGAAGGAAGGUGGCUUAGAUAUAGACUCGUUUCAGGAGCGUGAGGAAGGCCGUGCGGGGCCAGAUGAUAAUGAGGAGGUCAUGCGAGCACUGCUCAUUCAUGAGAAGAAGACCCCCUCUGCCACAGCAGGCUCAGUGGGGGCAGCUGCUCCUGUGACCACUGCCAAUGGCAGUGACUCUGAGAGUGAGACCAGUGAGUCAGACGAUGACUCUCCACCCUGUGCUACAGCUGUGGCUGCACAUCAUGGGGAAGAGGAUGAGGAAGAUGAUGAAUUUGAGGAAGUAGCAGAUGACCCCAUUGUCAUGGUGGCUGGCCGUCCGUUCUCCUACAGCGAAGUGAGCCAGAAGCCAGAGCUGGUGGCCCAAAUGACACCAGAUGAAAAGGAAGCAUACAUAGCAAUGGGACAACGCAUGUUUGAGGACCUCUUUGAGUGAGCUUUCCCUACCUUUUCCUCCUUUCUCUAAUGUGCAUUUAAAAAGAAAUUCCCUACCUUUGAAGAAAAGUGUUCAGUGGCCUUCUGCCUCUCUUGAUGUAAAUCAACUGUUAAUCUUGUGCAAAGAGUAAUGGGAGAGAGAGAAAGUUUGAUUUUUAUGCCAGAAACUUCUCCACGAGGUAGGUUGGCUAUAAGCAUACCCUUUCCUAUUACUACAGUAUUAAUAUUUUGCUGUAUUUCCCUAUCUCACCUUUUUUCUUUCCCUUUUAAGACACAUUUUUCUCCCUUCUGAAAUGAGUGAGAGAAGUCUAAAGGUAAAUUCUUCAUGUCUGCCUGUAGAAGCCCACUUUGAUAGGUUACAGUAAUUCAUUGAUCACAUCCUUUUUAUUUAUUCUGACCAAGCAUUCCAAAAAGCUCCUGAUAUUGCUGCCAACCAAGCAGCUUGGCAACAGGCAAAUCAUUGAUGAAGGAAAUAAAAAAAUCUUAAAGCUUCAUAUUGCUUCACAGUUUAGGAUGGAGUCGAUAUGUAAGGGGAGGUGGGAGUGCGUGUGGAAGAAGGAUGGUUAUGCGUAAAUCUCACGAUUAAUAUCUAAACCAAAAUUGGUGUCUUUAGAACUGACUUGACUGACAGAUAUUAUUGUUGUGCAUAAUGCCUUUUGGUUUGUAUGUUAGGUAAUAGAAAACAGAAAGUGUGUUUGGUAAGCCCUUAGGAAGAAAUUAGAGAAAAAACACAGACUUAGGAUAAGGAGUCCAUGUAAGGGGUUGAAGAGUGGAGAGCAUUGGGAACAGUACCCUUUAACAUUGUCUGAGUGUGUGCUGAUUUGGGAAUCCUUUAUAUAAAGCUGAGACUGGUCCCCUUCUUUUUCAGUUCUUCCACAGUGCUAUAAAUUGUUUAAAGAGGCCAUUCCAGCAGAAAUCAGCAUAUAACAAUUGAUUACUCCUCUCUCUUUUUUUUUUCUCUCAACAUUAUUGAUGACCUUGUCUCUUUUGAUUCUUGUCAGGAAUGGUAUUUUAGAGUGCAUCCAGUAUAUCAUUGAGCAUUGUAACCUCAAGAAAAAUACUUUAUUUUUGGUUCUGAUAUGUAGUAUGGUAUUAUUCCUUAAGGCAGAACUUUAAAGAACUUUCAUACAAAGGUCUACAACAAUUGUAUUUUUUAUAAUAUUUUCCCUUGCAUUGUCAUUUUAAGUAUUUAUCAUUUUAUAGUACAUGUGUAAAGUUGAGGUAGAUUUUAAACAUCUGAGCCUUGUAUAAAGUAAUGGUUCAUUUACCUGGGUUGUAUUAUGACUGAAUAUUGACAAUAAAUCUAUUUUAUACUGACUGAAAUUUGUUAAUCUAGCUCUGUAACAUCUUUACAUAAUUAAAAUGAAUACU